AUGGAGAUGCUAAAACGGCGACGCUCGAUUGGGCAGGAUAGCAACGAAAAAAUGUCGCCUAUUUCCUGCGUGAAGUAUGUGAAGGGAAGAACUGGUUCAGCUUACCGGAUAACUCAGUGCUGCUUCUCCGCGAUGGCAACAUUUUUGGUGUCCAUUGUGGCGAUUCAAAUGGUCGCAGCGGUUGUCAAAGGCUCGGUAAAUUUGGAAAGUAGUAGUGUUUUUACGUAG